AUGCUUGGAGGAGCACUAUGUUUGCUUUCGCAAGCAGUGUUGGCGGUACUUCUGUUGCCCAAGGACCUCAGCUUCCCAGUGACCGCCUUUGCCGAAUCCGCAUUUGUGUACUUAAUGCCCUUUGUAUCGGAUGGUUUUGAUACUUUGAAGGACAUUAUUUUUUCAUGUCUUUGUGUGCAAUCAGACCACCUCCUCUUAAAGGGCAUUGGUGUGGCUAGCUGGAUUUACCUAAUGGUAAUCCAUGGGAUCUUGAUCAUGCAAGACAAUACCCUGGCCGAAUUGGCUGGGUGCUAUCUCCCUGCGUUGAUGGCGCUCCCUGCAGACCCCGCAUCAGAAGAUUCAAUUAGUUCAUGUUGUCCGGGCCUGUCUUGUCAGCACCUUUCUGACAUGUUCUGCCAACUUCUUUAUAAACAAGUAACCCCCACGAAGAGGGAGUUGCUUUUAUGGGAGAAUGUGCCCCAAGGGGUGGCCGCGAUCUUCUUCCUCUACUUCGAGGGCGGGUCCUUGUUUGUUGGGGUGAUCAACCUGGCCAUCCCAGUUGGGCAGGUUCUUGCUACCUUUGUUUUUUUUAGACCGCUGCGAAAUCUCGUUGCUCCACAGUUCGGAAAGAAGCUGUCCGGCUUCUUGUCCAAGCCAGACUUUUUAAGGGCACAGCUCCUGUGGGAAGAGGCUGGCAUGGUGGGUGGGGGCUAG